AUGCAGACUGCUUCUACAAACAUUUGUGAAAGACUGUGCAAUAAAUUCAUCCGUGACAUUUCCUUCCUACUAAAUAUUCCACAGCCAACUGUUAGUGGUAUUAUAACAAGGUGGAAGCAACUGGGAACAACAGCAACUCAGCCAUGAAGUGGUAGGCCACGUAAUAUGACAGACCAGGGUCAGCACAUGGUGAAGUGCACAGAAGUCCCUAACUGUCUGCAGAGUCAAUAGCUAAAGACCUCCAAACUUCGUGUGACCUUCAGAUUAGGACAACAGUGCAUAGAGAGCUUCAUAGAAUGGGCUACCAUGGCCGAGCAGCUGCAUC